AUGUCUGCAGAAAAUGACUCGGUUGAUGAGGGCAAGAUGUACAUCUCGUACAAUAACGUUCAUCAGCUGUGCCAAGAGGCAGCCGAGAAGAUCAAGCCCAUGAAGCCCGAUUUGAUUGUUGCUAUUGGUGGGGGAGGUUUCAUCCCAGCCAGAAUCUUGAGAUCUUUCCUGAAAGAACCCGGUCAGCCCAAUCUGAGAGUCAUGGCUAUUAUUCUCUCUCUGUACGAGGACAUUAAUUCUGUUUCUACUGAUGCAGAGAAGACAGGUACAGAGGUGGUGCGUGUGCAGUGGAUCGACUAUCUCAAGUCCAAGAUUGACCUGGUUGGAAAGAACGUUCUGAUUGUGGAUGAGGUUGACGAUACCAGAACCACACUACACUACGCAAUUUCGGAGUUGCAAAAAGAUGCGGAUGCCCAGGCUGCAGCACAGGGAAAGCCCCCAGGUUCUACAAAUUUUCUGGUAUUCGUGCUUCACGAUAAGGUGAAGCCCAAGAAGGCUGCUUUGCCUGCUAAGAUCAUGGACACUGGAAAAUACCUGGCAGCCAGGACCGUUCCCGACGUCUGGAUUGCAUACCCUUGGGAGUCCACUGACAUUGUUCCUCAUACGGAGAUGGCCGUCAAGCAGGGAAAUGAUGCGUUUUUGUAA